UCAAUGGGACAACAAACGUUGAUUUAUAGCUUCGUUGCCAGAGGAACAAUAAUUCUGGUGGAGUAUAGUGAAUUCACCGGAAAUUUUAGCAGCAUUGCUACUCAAUGUUUGCAGAAGCUACCGCCAUCUAGUAACAAAUUUUCGUAUAAUUGUGAUGAUCAUACGUUCAAUUUUCUCUCCGAUAAUGGAUUCACCUAUUGUGUUGUGGCUACUGAAUCUGCAGGCAGGGAAAUUCCCCUUGCCUUUUUGGAUAGAGUGAAGAAUGAUUUUAGCAAGAAAUAUGCUGGAGGCAAAGCUGCAACUGCUAGUGCUAAAAGCCUCAAUAGGGAAUUUGGGUCAAAAUUAAAAGAGCAUAUGAAAUACUGUUGUGAUCAUCCUGAAGAAAUCAGUAAGCUUUCUAAAGUUAAGGCUCAAGUUUCUGAAGUAAAGGGAGUUAUGAUGGAAAACAUUGAGAAGGUUCUUGAUCGCGGUGAGAAGAUUGAGCUUCUAGUUGAUAAAACAGAUAAUCUUCGAUCACAGGCUCAGGACUUCAGACAACAGGGGACAAAGAUAAGGAGGAAGAUGUGGUAUGAAAAUAUGAAGAUAAAACUGGUUGUUUUUGCCAUCAUCUUGGUCCUGAUUCUCAUUAUCAUUUUAUCUGUCUGCCCUGGCUUCAAAUGCACUUCGUGAUUCAACCUUUAAGGUUCUUAGCACUGAACUCGUUUUACUUGUAAAAUUAUAAGUUCAGAAUUCAACAUUUGUUGAAAUCUUGGCGGUUUUUCAGACAUAUGUCUAUGUUCCAUGUCAAAAAAACUGCAUUCAGUUGAACCAAAUGGUCAUAGGUUCCAUCCGUCUAUGCGGACCCGUUGUUGAUGUUAAACUUACCAAUCAGUCAGAAUGUUUUCCUUACAAUUGGAGUUUAGCUCAUGAAGAGCUGGAUUGGCUUGUAUUUUGAUGUAAUGUAUAGGU